ACAAACUUUUUUUCUUUUCUUUUGCUGUUCACCUCUUUUAUUAUGCAGCGGAGCGACUCAUCCUCGCUAAGUCCCCGAGAUAACGUCCGUUUUCGUGGCGAACCACUGCUGUCCAGCGUGACUGAAUGCAUUUUGUAUGUUUUAUAGUAGCUACGUUUUCGUUUAUGUAAGAGACACCUCCGAGCUCUCUUGGUGAAGAGGUGUUUUUCCUACGCAGCAGCUGCAAAGAAGUACUGCCGACGCCCAGGCUGUGAACUACGGAGAGCCAAGGGGGCCAAACUGUCUUAACACCGCCCUCAGAGCAUGCCACGGAGAAGUCAAAGAUCAGCCUCAGUCCGUUUUGAAGCUGUGGGCAGUUACAAAAUAAAUUGUUUGUUUUAAAGUUCAAAAAGCAACAUGGCGCAUGUCAAGUCCUGAAACUCAUCGAUGACAACAACUAGACUUAUCAAGUAUGUUCAGCAUCAUCAUCAUCACCACACUCUUGAGUUUCUUGAUAAUCAUGGUGGACAAAAGCAUCAUAAGGUUGGAUUUACGGUAAAAAGUCCUGCAGCUCCUGAAGCCUUGAUCUCAGACUUAAAAAUAAGGCUUCCUUCCUCAAGAGUUGUUUUUGUGCUGAUGAGACUGUGGAUAAGGCAAGGAGCGGCGCACAUCCGAGACAGGGGAUAUAACGGGAUAAAGCGAGUGAAAGGACAAUAAAAAGAAAGAAAAAAGUUACAUUGCUUGGUGUCCACGCAUCGUCAUGCCGAGGUACAACUUCUUACUGUGCUUAGUGGUGCUCAUAUCCCUGGAAAAGUCGGGGAGCGAUGAGCCCAAUCUGCUGCUGCCUUCUGCCAGCGAGACGCCCACGGAUGCCGGGCUGUCCCUGCUGGACGAGGACGCCGGUUCUCACGAGUGCUCCGCCUGUGUUUGGAGGGAGCAGAGCAAAGUACUGAGACUGGAGACCAUCAAGUCCCAGAUCCUGAGCAAGCUGCGUCUGAAACAGGCGCCCAACAUCAGCCGGGAGGUGGUCAAUCAGCUGCUGCCCAAGGCGCCUCCGCUCCAGCAGCUCCUGGACCAUCACGACUUCCAGGGAGACGCGUCGUCCCAGGAUGAGUUCAUGGAGGAGGAUGAGUACCACGCCACCACGGAGUCCGUGAUCACCAUGGCCUCUGAGCCGGAGCCCCUGGUGCAGGUCAACGGGAAGCCGAGCUGCUGCUUCUUCAAGUUCAGCCCCAAACUGAUGUUUACCAAGGUGAUAAAGGCCCAGCUGUGGGUGUACCUGCGACCGCUGCAGCAGACCUCCACCGUCUACCUGCAGAUCCUGCGGCUAAAGCCUGUCACGGAGCAGGGCAGCCGCCACAUCCGCAUCCGCUCCCUGAAGAUAGAACUCAACUCCAGGGUCGGCCACUGGCAGAGUAUUGACUUUAAGCAUGUGCUGCAGAACUGGUUCAAACAGCCCCACACCAACUGGGGAAUCGACAUCAACGCCUUUGAUGAGAGCGGCAAUGACCUGGCAGUUACCUCGCUGCGACCUGGGGAGGAGGGGCUGCAGCCGUUCCUGGAAGUGAAAGUUCUUGAGACGACCAAACGCUCUCGGAGAAACCUCGGCCUCGACUGCGAUGAGCACUCCACCGAGUCUCGCUGCUGUCGCUACCCUCUGACUGUGGAUUUCGAGGCGUUCGGCUGGGACUGGAUCAUUGCCCCGAAACGCUACAAAGCCAACUAUUGCUCUGGCCAGUGCGAGUACAUGUUCAUGCAGAAAUACCCGCACACCCACCUGGUGCAGCACGCCAACCCCAGAGGCUCCGCAGGGCCCUGUUGUACCCCGACCAAGAUGUCUCCCAUUAACAUGCUCUACUUCAAUGACAAGCAGCAGAUAAUUCACGGCAAAAUCCCAGGGAUGGUGGUGGAUAGAUGUGGUUGCUCUUAGGCUGCAGGGGCGACGCACACUUGUGUACAGCCACCAUCGCAUCAAACCACCCAAAACCCUUAUGGAGCUCUCCCCUGACACCAGAACCCACUCUUCGGCACCAGAUUUCACUUUUGCUCAGCCACAAAAAUCAUCCCACUGGGUUUCCAUUUUUCCAGUAAUUAAAUUGAUUCUAA